GGCCGGGGCGCCGCCCUCACUCUCGCUCCCGCAGCCGGCCGGGCGCCGCGCAGCAUGGGCAGGUGCUGCUUCUACGCGGCGGGGACGCUGUCCCUGCUGCUGCUGGUGACCAGCGUCACGCUGCUCGUGGCCCGGGUCUUCCAGAAGGCCGUGGACCGGGCGGUGGAGAAGCGCGUGGUGCUGCGGAACGGGACUGAGGUCUUCCGCUCCUGGGAGAAGCCCCCUCUGCCGGUGUACACCCAGUUCUACUUCUUCAACGUCACCAAUCCGGAGGAGGUCCUCCGCGGGGAGCGCCCUGUGCUGGAGGAGGUGGGGCCCUACACCUACAGGGAGAUCAGAAACAAAGCCAAUAUCCAAUUUGGAGAUAAUGGAACAACAGUAUCUGCUGUUAGCAACAAGGCCUAUGUUUUUGAACGAAACCAAUCUGUCGGAGACCCUAAAGUUGAUUUAAUUAGAACAUUAAAUAUUCCUGCAUUGACGGCCAUGGCGUGGACGCGGGACCCCCUGCUCCGGGACCUCGUGGAGGCCGUGCUUAGGACCUACCAGCUGGAGCUCUUCGCCACGCGCCCCGCGCACGAGCUGCUCUGGGGCUACAAGGACCCGCUGCUGUCGCUGGUGCACGCCUUCAGGCCUGACAUCCCCGCAUACUUCGGCCUCUUCUACCAGAAAAAUGGGACUAAUGAUGGAGAUUAUGUUUUCCUAACUGGAGAGGACAGUUACCUUAACUUUACAAAGAUUGUGGAGUGGAAUGGAAAAACGUCACUUGACUGGUGGGCAACAGACAAAUGCAACAUGAUUAAUGGGACGGACGGAGAUUCUUUUCACCCACUAGUAACCGAAGAUGAAGUUCUUUAUGUCUUCCCAUCUGACUUCUGCAGGUCUGUGUAUAUAACUUUCAGUGACUAUGAGAGUGUAGAGGGGCUGCCCGCCUUUCGGUAUAAGGUGCCUGCAGAAAUAUUAGCCAAUACCACGGAAAAUGCUGGCUUCUGUCUCCCAGAAGGCAACUGCCUGGGUUCUGGAGUGCUAAACGUCAGCAUCUGCAAGAACGGUGUGCCCAUUAUUAUGUCUUUCCCACACUUUUACCAAGCAGAUGAGAGAUUUAUUUCUGCCAUACAAGGCUUGCAUCCAAAUAAGGAGGAUCACGAAACUUUUGUGGACAUUAAUCCCUUGACUGGAAUUAUCCUAAGAGCAGCAAAGAGGUUCCAAAUCAACAUUUAUGUCCAAAAGUUAGAAGACUUUAUCGAAACAGGAGACAUUAGAACCAUGGUUUUCCCAGUGAUGUAUCUCAAUGAGAGUGUUCUCAUUGAUAAAGACACUGCAAGUCGACUUAAGUCUGUGAUUAACACUACUCUGAUUGUCACCAAUAUUCCCUACAUCAUCAUGGCGCUGGGCGUGCUCUUCGGUUUGAUUUUUACCUGGCUUGCAUGCCGAGGACAGGGAUCUAUGGAUGAGGGAACAGCAGAUGAAAGAGAACCCCUCAUAAGAACUUAACCAUCGCCCUCACUCAGCGAAGCAGUGUGUGAGCUGUCCCAACCUGCACCGUGGCGGGGGCCCACAUCCUCACAGGCUCUGCAGGUGUUAAGAGGGGGGAAGAAGACAGAGCCGGCAGGUGAUGAGAGGAGUGUUCUGGCCAGACAGUAAAGGCAGGCGGACGUGGCGGGCCACUGUGCUUCAUAAAAUUGUGUGGCUUCUGAGAUUGGUUUUUCAUGUGUCUAGCACGUAUUUAAUAAACUCUUGUAUAGUAAUUUUUGGGGGGCUGGGGUCUGGUGGCUAUGGAAGUCUGUAACCUUGCUAUCCAUGUGUCCCUGCAUCACUUGUUAAUGCUUGUUGUCUAACCUUAGUCAGUAUGCUUCAUUCACCACAUUUUGCGCUCCAAGUACAUAUGUUCUAUUCCACUUUAUGUUCUAUUCCUCAUUCCUCUCCCUAAACAGAAGGUAACAGUUUGGAACCCAGGGUAAAACGGUAAACUUAUCUGAUACAGGAUUCAAAUGCAUCCAGUUUCUUCUUUUAAAAUAUUACAUACUGCAUUUCAUGCUAAUCUUCAAUUCAUAAUUCCUCCAGGAAAAUAACUUGGUCUUCUGACUUUUAUACUGGGAAGGAAUCAAGCAGGGAAGGGACUGAGAUGAUAUCCAUGAGUAGACAUAAGCACUGCAGGGUUUUUAAGUUGUAUUUUUGUGAACUAAGAGAAUGUGUAAAUACUGUUGGGGAGGGUAAGUACAGACAUUUCAUAAAGAGUAGAACUAAAUACUAGUUAUAACAUUUGUAGGUAAUUAUUAUUUUUUAGUUAAAAUUAUUUUGGUAUGUCAGAUUUUCUGGGAGAAUGUAAUCAGUGAUAUUCCCCCAGUCACCCCUGCCAAAUAUGAUUUGUAUUAAUACAGUACGAUUGAGUGGGUAUUUGUAAAAUUAAUGACUAUUGGAAAUCCAUUCAUUCAUAACCCAAGUUACACACAUAUUUCAGGAAGUCUAGAGCAGACAGACGUUUCUUCUGAAGCAAUCUUCUUGGUAAUUUUGAAACUGUCUUAUGAUCUUUCCUGAUACAAUUCUUUCCAGCGUUUUGUGGUUCACUGUCACUGAGAAAAAUGUGUCCUACACUUCCUGUGACAGUCACUUUCCUGACAGAAUGGUGUUUACAGUACUGCAAAGAAAGUACUUCAAGCACUGUAACCAAAGGCAAAAGAAUAGGAAACCACGGUGAUGUCACAGAGUUCAGAAUUCAGCAAUGUUAAGGGCAUAGCCUUUGAUUCUCGAAGUUCCACACUGAUUUUAACUGAAAAGUGUAUAGUUACCUGGCAAAAAAGAGCUUACAAAAUUUCCCAACUCAAACAGCCCAAGAGAUUUAAAAAAACAACUGGUUUUCAGUGAAGAAAAAAAAAAAACCACAACCAAUUAUGGAUGUCUUUACAUAGCUCCUCAUCCUUGUACAGAGGUAAUAAAUCACUUUAAUUUACAUGCCCAGUUUUCCUAUACCAAAGCAAGGUGUUAUGUUGCCCUUUUUGAAGGGCAAUGCAUUAAACUCUCAACUUUUCUAUAAAUCAAGAUGAAAAUGUUUUAGAUAUACCAAUUUUUUAGAUAUGCUAACUUUUUAGAUAUGCUAACUUUUUAGAUAUGCUAAAAUGUCUAAAUUAAGUUUUUAAUUAAAAGUUAAUUAAAAAUUUUAAAUUAAAUAGAUUUUAAUUAUUGACCUUCAGUAAUUCCAAAUACCUAGGCUAGGGUUUAUCUGCAAUCUGCAUUUAACUUGAUAAUUGGUAUAUCUUAUUUCUUAUGCAUUUACUGGUCCACAUCAAGAUAAUGGAAAAGCCAGGCAGAGAUUGUGCAUUGGCUCAGUCCUAUUUUCAGAUGUAAUCAUCUGUGAGGAGGAGAUUUUUAAAUACUCUUACGUCAGUGAUGACAAAUCUUUCAGAGCUUUCAAUGAUACAAACAGCCAGCUGCAGCACGUGUGCCACAGGUUCGCCACCCCUGCUUUAAGUGACACCAGUUAAUCAUGAACACAUUUAGACUGAGUCCCAUAAAGGCAAGAAUACCACAUCUGUUAUUUUCCUUCUGGAAAGUCUGUGGCAAGCCUAUACACUGCAGUGAGAAUUCCAAAUUGGUUAAGAAGAAUAAAUUCACUUGUUUGGUUUCAGGUUCAGGUUCAGAAUAGCCAGCUGUUCCAACAACAAGCUAUGAUUGUCAAGAUUGUCAGCAAUCACAGAAUGGCAGCCAGAGGAAACUGGGACUCGAGCACAGGACAGGACAUAGGCUUUGCCACUUUUAGCUCCAGGCUUUUUUGUUCUAGGAAGAUCACUAAUGGUCAAAGUAGGACAAGCACUACAUGACUGACCCCUAUUGGGGUUUUUACUUAAGGGAGGCCAGUUUUUAAUUUAAAUUGCUUAAGAGAUGAGUUCUGCAAAAGGUGAUCCUCAUCCUUGGCCCUCUAGGCACGAUUACUGGAGUGAACUGCUUGUGCCUGUGAAAGAGAACACUGACCAGAGUGCUCUUCAUGCUGCUUGUACAGUUGAUUCCUUUCGUGUGACUCUUCUACCCUUAAUGCAAUGAAAUGUUUCACUAAUAAAGAAAACUUUAUAUAAAAGUA